UUCCAUUAUUAUCCAUUUAUAUCUGUGCACAUGAAGAGAGAAUCCAGGAUGUGAUGCAGUGACUUCAGCUGGUGAUUUAGGCAGUGAGAGCAGCUGCAGCAGUGAGGAGGAGGACAUGUGACCGAGCACACAGGAAGAAGAAGAAGAGUGAAGACAUGAGUCACAGAUUCCUCCUGCUCUCUCAGAGGAACUUGAACACAUCAUAAACAAACAGACCGACAGAACCGGCUGCAGCUCCGGUACCGUGCUCAUCAUGUCGUGCUGCCGGUUUCUGUGUCAGUAUGAAACCAACAAGCUGGUCCGGAUCCAGAGCGUCCGGCUCGGUUCUCUCAAGUGGAGCCUGAACGGAUUCAUCCUGCUGCUCAUCUGCGUCAUGAUGCUCUGGAACCGGAACUAUCAGGAGUUCGAGCUGGUCGUGAGCUCCGUCACCACCAAGGUGAAGGGCGUGGCUCAGACUCACCUGGCCGGGGUCGGGGACGUGGUGUGGGACGUGGUGGACUACAGCGGACACUCACAGGGAAAAAACUCUUUUUUUGUGGUGACAAACGUCAUCGUGACGAAGAAUCAGAAGCAGGGAAAAUGUCCAGAGGUUCCUGUUAAAGGCAGAUUGUGUCGCUCUGAUAAAGACUGUGAGAAAGGAGCCUGGGAUCAGCUCAGUCAUGGGGUUCACACAGGAUCGUGUGUAAAGUUUGACACUUUGAGGAAAACCUGUGAGGUUUCUGCGUGGUGUCCGGUCGAAACAAAGACAAAACCUCCCAGACCCGCUCUGCUGGCAGCAGCUGAGAACUUCACCGUGCUCAUAAAGAACAACAUCAGGUUUCCUGCCUUCAAGUUCAUCCGGAGGAACAUCCUCCCAAACAUGAAUGACGCCUACCUGAGGAGCUGCGACAGAAGAAACGACUCGCUGUGUCCCAUCUUCAGACUGGGAGACUUGGUCAGAGAAGCCGGAGAGAAGUUCUCCGAGAUGUCUGUGGAGGGGGGCGUCAUUGGCAUCAUGAUAGAGUGGGACUGUAACCUGGACCGUCUGAUGCAGAGCUGCCUGCCCCGAUACACCUUCAGACGUCUGGACGAGAAGGAGAGCAACAGGACGCUUUACCCCGGACUCAACUUCAGGUACGCAAAGUACAACACGGUGAACGGCGUGGAGGAGCGAACGCUCUACAAAGCUUUUGGGAUCAGGUUUGAUGUCAUGGUGUUCGGACAGGCGGGAAAGUUCAGCUUCGUCCAGCUCAUCAUCUACAUCGGAUCAACGCUGUCGUACUACGCUCUGACGACCAUAAUGAUCGAUUGGCUGAUUGGAACGAGCUGUUACUCUGCAGAGGUCGGACAAAACUACUCGGAGAAGAAGGUGGAGUCGGUGAAGGACAAUCAGAAGUGCGUCCUCUGCGUCUCCUACGUCGAUGAGAACAACAUUCGACUGGUGAAGAGAUCUCAGAAGAAAAGUUUACAAGACAUCAAAGCCUCGUCUGUUCAGCCACGAAAGGAGGACACGGGACACCUGAGGGCCGUCCUCCCUCUGCUGCAGACAGAUCGUGAAGCUCCGCCUCCUCUAGAAAACAAACCCGUCAUGAACGCGGGGCCUCGACGCCCCUCCUGGUGUCGGUGUGACCGCUGCUCGCCGUCCUCGCUCCCGCACGAGGAGCUGUGCUGCAGGAGGAGCGACGGCGCCUGCAUCACUUCGUCUCCUCUGUUCGAGCAGCUCGUGCUGCGUCGCCCCCUGCUGGAGGCCGUCCUCCUGUACAGGGACCCUCUGACUCCGCCCCCCGGUCCGGCUCAGACCGCCUCCCUGCGUCACUGCGCCUACAGACAGUACAUCAGCUGGAGGUUGGGGGUCCCGCCCGCAGACACCCACCCUAUCAUCCCACGCUGCUGCGCGUGGAGGAUCAGGGAGGAGUACCCGAGCCCGGACGGACAGUACAGCGGCUUCAGACCGGCCAGGGCGCCGUCUAUGCAGGCGUGCGCUAACGGAGAGCUGUGAGAGAAGCGU